UUUCAAUUUCUCCAUUAUCUUUCCCCUUUAAACCCUAAAUAAACCCAGCUCAAAUUCUUGUUCAUCCAGGUUGAAUUUCGUAGCAUCUGAUUUUGAAUUGCAUCUCAAGUAAGCUGAACUUUGAAGUGAGGGCUGUUGUGGUUCUACAUUUGCUUGAAAACACAUGGCUGAGAGACAUUCUGUUGAUCAACAGCAAACUCCUGAAUCACAAAUGCAAUCUCCUGCUUCAAGGGAUGACAUGAUUGCGUGUGUUAUGGCAUUAGAGGCUGCUUUGCUUCCCUGUUUGCCUGCACGAGAGUUACAGGCAAUAGACCGUUCAGCCCAUCCUUAUCAUCAGAUUGAUGUUGAGAGGCAUGCGAGAGAUUUCAUGGAAGCAGCUAAAAAGCUUCAACUUUUUUUGAUUGGUUUGCAACGCGAGGACCUGCCGUCCAAGCCAGAUAUGCUUAGAAAGGAGAUUGCAAAAAUGGAAGAAGAGUUGAAAACAAAAACUGAGCUUAUAAGUAAGCAGGAAAGACUGAUCCAAGAAUGGAGGAAGGAGUUGAACGAUCAAUUAGACAAACACAACAUGGAGUUGGAAAGGGUGUAAACCUACUGCGGAGCUUAUAAGUAAUUUGAAACAAAAACUUAGCUUAUUGUUUUCUCUGCUCUCAUCCUGUAUUUGAAGGCGGUAGAAGGCAACAAGCUCGCUACAGAGAUGACUUGUUGCUACAACAACAACAAACCCAGUGUAAUCCCACAAGUGGAGCGAGAUGACUUCUUGUUAGUGUGUUUAAAUGACAGGUUGAGGUAGAAUGAGCAUAGUUUGUUGACACAAGGCGGAUAAUUCAGAAGACAUAUAACUCAUUGUUAAUGUAGCUCACUGCGUAUUAUUUUCUCAACUGCGAUGCCAAUUCCCAUACAUCUUAUUUAUAGAUGGAGAGUACAUUGUUGAGCUUUAUGUAUGCCUAGCAUGUUAGAAGA